CGAGGUAUGUACCAUUGGCCGUGGGGUUGAUAACACCACCUCUUGCUAAUACUUGGGUCCCAGGCGCCCUUUGAAACCCUUUUUUCUUUCUUUCCUUCUUAUAUCAGUUUAUGAUGCAUUAUCCCUACGCUUUGUUUUGGUCCUAAUUCCCAUCCCCCCUGUGAGAGAUCUGCGCGUAGUUUCAUUCGCUCAUAGCGCUGUCCCUGUUCAAAGGCACUGCCGCGACUACUCGGCCUCAUCCGCUUAGAUAUUACCGAACAGGCGCCUUAUUUGUUGGUCUUUUCCCGCUCUCUACCGACUCUCGCUUCCCCUACUUCCACCAUAGCGCAAACAAUGUUGCGCUUGCUGCUUUGUGCAGCUUUCUUCUUCCGAUAUGCCCUGGCCCUCGAUCAAGUCGUUGACCUUGGCUACGCAAAGUACAAUGGCUCAACUCUCAACAAUGGAAUAAUGCGCUGGGCUGGCAUGCGCUUUGCCCGCAACCCGUCUCAGAAGGAGGGUCUCCGGUUCAUGGCUCCUCAAGAUCCCCUUCCGGAAAACGGUAUCCAGAAUGCGACUGCGUUUAAACCCCUAUGUAUCGGGACCAAAUCUACCAUCACAGCCGAAACGGGAGGAACACAUUCGGAAGACUGCCUUUUCAUCAACGUCUUCGCGCCUGCCAAAGCGACUAAUGAUAGCAAACUGCCAGUCUACAUUUUUAUUCAGGGUGGUGGUUUCAACCUGAACGGCAACGCGGACUACAAUGGUGCAGAACUUAUUAAUGCGGGUGACGAUGGAAUUGUUGUGGUGAACUUCAACUACCGUGUCGGCCCAUAUGGUUUCUUGGCUGCAGAGCAGGUGGUCGCCAACAAGACGCUGAGUUUGAACAACGGCCUCCUUGAUCAGCGACAAGCCUUCAAAUGGGUGCAAAAGCACAUCAGACAGUUUGGCGGAGACCCGGGCCAUGUGACGAUUGGAGGAGCAAGUGCCGGUGGAGGAUCGGUCGUCUUUCACCUUACCGCGUACGGGGGCCGGAACGAUAACCUCUUCCAUGCUGCCGCCGCCGAGUCUGCAGCCUUCCCGACUCUGCGAAACGUCUCGGAAAGCCAGUGGCAAUACGACGCCCUACUCAACCAAACUGGCUGUAGCGACCUCAACUGUAUGGCCUCUAUGGAUGUCGUCACCUUUCAGACUGCCGUCCGAGAGCUGAGAAAACCCUUUCCCGGCGGUGUGGACCCGCCCAUUUUCUUCUGGAACCCCACACUGGACUACGAUUUCAUCAAAGACUUUACAACAAACGAACUCAAGGCCGGCCACUAUAUCGAUGUGCCUACCAUCUUCGGUAGCACGACACAUGACGGUGUCAUUUUCACACCCAAGACUGUCGCGUCGCUAUCACGUGCGCAAAGCUUUCUUAUCGACCAAUUCCCUAGCGUAAAAUGGGACGCCAUCAGUCAGAUAUGGGGUGCUAAAGCUAUCAGUGCAGCGACAACCAACAAUGACUGGAGAGCUCUUGCGGCUGACAUGUAUGGCGCCAUUCGAUACGCCUGCCCUGACCUGGGUAUAUCUGCCGCAUAUGCCCGCAACCAAUCAGUACCGACAUGGCACUACAGAUGGAAUGUGGGAGCAGCGUUACACGUGGCGGAACUCGGGCCUAUCUGGAACAACGCUACGUCGGCCGCCGGUGUAUUUGUUCAGGCUUACUGGGCAUCCUUUAUCCGAAGCUACGACCCCAACACGCACGCCACCGAGUUUCUUGUCGCCAAAGGUUCAGAGCUUAAGAGCCCGGAAUGGGUGACAUUUGCCGCCAGCAAGGGAAAGAGAAUGGUGUUCAACGACGAUAACAAAGUAUUCAUGGAGGACGUUAACCCUGUGGAGCAACAACGAUGUGAGGCCGUCAACACCAUGGGUAUACAUCUCAACCAACCCACCCAAGACGGCCCUCCUGCGAACAAUACCCAGCCUGCUCCCCACAAAUCUUCGGGAAGCCGCAACACGCCUCUUACUCUCGUAUCUCUCUUGUCUUCUACAAUUACGCUCGUUCUGUUACACUUUAUGGUAAUAUGAGCAUGUGUUUCCAUGCAGGAAUAAUAGACUUUUCUAAUAUCGUUCGACAAAUGCCUUUUGCGAAAGGCACGUCCCCCAACAAUCCGCAAAGCCAACCUAAUGGCUUUGCUACCGUCGACUCUCAUAAAGGCCGAGGUGCAGCGUCAAAGACGACUCCAACUCGAAACUGCCGUUCUGGACACUCGGCCUGUAGGAGAGGAAGACGACGAAUGACCGUGGGAAUAGGGAUGGGCAGGGAAGGCGGAAUAGGAUAGAACAGGGUUUGGUGGGAACUACACUUGAAGCCAAGACAUUGGUUUGCUCAAGUAUUGCUGAAGGAACGGGACGUCGAAAGCAUGUAAGAUGGGUUGUGAUCAUUACCAAGAUACCCUAGUAAUAUAAUAAUCUCCAAUGGCACACGACUGAUGCCGUCUU